GUGGUCAAUGGUUCUAAAUUCUAUCAAUUUUAAUUUAUGAGAUCUACUGUAUAAUUAAAGUGAAUUAAUAAAAAUCAAUGUGUUACUUUACAAAAUAAAUUUACGAUUUUUAUUACAAUUUCAAAUCGAAACAAUUUUACCAAUUUCGGUAAUUUAUCAUUCCUUUAAGCUAGCGGUAAAACUUUAACCAAACAAUUGACGCAAACAUGUCUGUAAGUCUUAAAGCGAAGGAUAAUAAGCCGGAACCUAUAGCAUAUAGCGAAGCAGCUUUAAGAAAUAAUGCGAUAGUCGUGGAAUACUGUCGUACUUCCAUGUCAGCGUUAUCAGGCUCAACUGCAGGUGUUCUUGGUUUGACCAGUCUAAAUGGAUUUGCAUUCUACAUGUUUGCUGUGGUUAUUUUAUGGGUGAUGUUUAUGAUCAAAGCAGGGCCUAACUGGCCUAAAUACUAUGUAUCAAGACAAAGUAUACUCACAAAUGGAUUCUUCGGUGGACUCUUUACCUAUGUUUUAUUUUGGACAUUUAUAUAUGGAAUGGUACAUGUCUAUUAGAAGAAUUAUGUCAAAAUAUAACUGUAAUUUAAUAAUAAAAGUUAGAAAAUAUAAUAUAUUGUCACAUACAUUAUUGUGAUAAAGUUCAUUUGAACAUAUUAUUUUACAUAUAAAGUGAAAUUUACAAAAUGAAAUAUUGGGGUGUUAAUGAAGAUAGUUAUUGUUUUUAUUAAUAAUUGUAUUUCCUAUACUUCAAUAUUUAAAUAGGGGUAUAAAACAGUUGAUGGUUUAAACAUGGACAGCUCAUUUACAAGUAGUUUAAUAUAUAUACAUAUAUAAAAGACGGAAUAGAGAAACAACUUCACAUUGGUAGCUCUGACAAAAUUAAUUUACAACUUUGCAUAUUUUAAUUACAUAAUAGAUUUUAUCAACCUUGAGUGAAAAUGCUAUUGAAAUAAAACUAAAAAACUUGUUUACUACAAAGAUUUCCCACCACAAUUUCCUAAUGAUAUAUAUAUAAGUUUAUGAUAUAAAAGAUAAAAUUUGACAUUUUAUAAUAAAAAUAAGUUUCAUUUAAUCUUCAAGCCAAUUUUCUUUCAACUUUGUCUAAUGUCUGUUUUAGUUAUGAUUGUUAUACUAUUAAGUACAUUGAAUAUUAUUGGUUUAGGUAUUUAUUACAUUAUUUAUCAGUG